AUGGCCGCAUGUUGAACUACACUAUUUUCUUUACUGUUCGCCAAAAGAAGGGGAUUUUAACGUGAUAUGUGAUAAUUUUAACGUCAAUUGCAUUGCAAGACUACUUAUCUUCGUGACGCAAAUUAUCUGUAAGUGGAUUGAAGAUGAUGCAUCACCCGAACAUGCAUCAUCAAGCGAUGUCGGGGCACCCACCGCAGCACAUGGCAGGUCAUCAGGGAAUGCCAGGCCAUCAUCAGAUGCCGCCUCAUCAGCUGCACAGGGAAAACAGGCACGUUACCCUUACUAGGGUGCCGCUGGGUCCGUCGGGCGGCGGUCACGGCCACGGGCACGGGCACGCGCACGGCCACAGCCACGGCCAGGCGCUGGGCGCGCUGGGCGGCGUGGCGGUGCACCCCGCCCCCGCGCCCGCGCCCCCCCGCCCCCCGCCGCACGCCGCCCGCGCCAUGCACCAUCCGCCGCAGCAUCACGCCGCCGCUAUACCACCGCAACAGAUGAAGCCGAUGCGUCGACCGUACGGGAUGGGCGGCGCGUACGGGCCUGGGGCCGGCGUGCUGCCCCCGCCCUACCCCCCGCAGCCCCGCCACCAGCCGCCUCCUCAUCACCCGCACGCAGUAACUUAUGAAGCGGUUAUCACGGCAGGGGCCAAGAUGAACGGUGACGUGUAUACGAUGGUGUCCGGUCCGCCUCACGUGCCGCCCGCGGCGGCCAGCGAGGCGGCGGCGGCCGGGGCGGCGGAGGCGCGCGGGGAGGGGGGCGCGGGGGCGAGCGAGGGCGGCGCGGGGGCGGGGGGCGACAGCGAGGCGGCUCGCCCGGCGCCCCCCGCCGCGGCCAACAGUAAAGAGAAGACUCCUAUGUGCCUGGUCAAUGAGCUGGCCAGGUACAAUAAGAUUAAGCAUCAAUACCGCCUCACGUCAGAGACGGGACCCGCGCACAAGAAAGUGUUCACGGUAACACUCCGAUUGGGUGAUACUGAAGAAUACACUGCGGAGGGUUCGUCGAUAAAACGUGCGCAGCACGCGGCGGCUAGCACUGCCCUGGGGGCCACCAGCUUCCCGCCGCCGCCCCCGCGCGCCCCCCAGCCGCACGCCCCCGCGCACGCCCACCACCGGCACUCAGGUGACACCGCCACGGCACCAUGCCACCACACUACCGCACUACCGCGACCCGACCAGCGGAAAAAGAAUUAUUCGGGUUCAAAUGUCACAAAAAUAGGUCGUAACGUCGUUCAGGAGCCUAUCUAUCGGACCUGUCGUGAUUCUGUUCAAUCGAAGUCUGUCGAAAAAUUACGGAUAUUAUCGGGGCUCGAAAAUUAUAAAUUAAUAAAUUAUACGGGGAAAGAUCCUCUACGGGAGGAAGGCGGGCUCCGGAACUCUCCCGAGUUUCGCCGUCGACCGAGACGACGUCCCCGGACGAGGUUCCGGUCCAGUAGAUUUCGGGCGGACCGGUGAAGCGAUCAAGCGUGAGGUACAGGAUCCGUGACCCGGCAGGUGCAGUGAUGCCGACGGUGGAGCUGAACGCGCUCGCGAUGAAGCUGUGCCAGCCGGCCGUGUACACGUCCAUCCCGCCGGUGGCGGCGCGCGGGGGCCGCGCGCGCCCGCCGCCCUACCGGUUCCCGCUGGGGCUGGGCGGGGGCGGGGGCGGGGGCGGCGCGGGGCUCGUGUACCGCGUGCGCGUGGCCGUGGGGGGCCGCGCCUGGCUGGGCGAGGGGGGCACGCCGCAGGCCGCGCGCCACGACGCCGCCGCCCGCGCGCUGCACGACCUGCGCCCGCCCCCGCCCCACGCCGCCCACGCCGCCCACCAUGCCCACGCCGCCCACGCCGCGCCGCCCCCCGACCUGCCGCCGGACGCCGACAACGGUGAGUCCCUAUUGUAUAUACAGCCGUUUGAAAGUUUUAUAAGAU